ACAGAUUACAGUCUAAGUGCCACUUCACACUUCAAAUACUUGUGUUUCAAUAGACUGCUUUAUAAUAGUGAAUGCCUCAUAAACUUUCUUUUUUUUUAAAGGGGGAAAUUCAAGUCAGUCUAACUGGUACUGGUACUGGAAUUGGGUAUUUAUAUUGCGCCUUUCCCUUGCGGUUAUAAACUCAAGCCAAGCCUCAAUAAUUCAGAAAAACAAUGGUAGGCAUAAAAUUAGUCACUAUUCAAAGAACCCCAUGCAUUACAAUAGUACAGUCACACAAACAAAAAAAACAAAUAAAAGUUACAACAGAUUACAGUCUAAGUGCCAAUUCACACUUCAAAUUGUUAUUCAAUAGACUGCUUUAUAGUGAAUGCCUCAUAAACUUACGCCUAAACUUUUAUUUAUAUUUCUUAUCUUAUUUUAUUAAGUUCAAAACCAAUGGUGAUUUAAACUGCGGCUAACAGGUUGAAUCUAGAUGUAAUAAAAUUUAUGUGAUAAUUUAAACAAUGAUGUUAAAAAUUGAAAAUAACCUUAAAAACACUUACAUAGAUUUAACAAUUUUACUUUUAAAAACAUUCCAACUAUCAUAAAAGAGAUCGAUAUCUAAACAAGUAACAAGCAGACUAUUAAAUUGACUGGGAAAUCAUUGAAAAAUUCCCUGUUUUGUGCUAUCAACACGACCAUAUGAAAUGUGGAGCAAAAACCUCCUGAGAAUAUGAGCCAGAACAUUCAAAUUAAACAUAGAAACAAGAGAAUUCAAAGACUUAUAUUUAUUUUUAUAUUAAAAAAAUUCAUGUCAAAAACAAUUCUACGAUUUCCAAAAGAAACAAGAGAGACAUUACAAUUCAAGUGCGGGUACACAGUAAAGUCCACCAUUGUUUAUGAAUCUACAAUUCCCAAACAUCAAACCAAGCACCUUAUUUGCUAUUGACACAGUUCACUGAUAUUUUCAUUUCUUCAAUCCCUGAUGUUAUUUAUACUGUUUUUAUUAUGUUCACUUUUCGUAGAAGAUUACCACUAAAUAAACUCAUACCCCACCAUUGUUCAUGAACCUACAAUUACUCCACAUCAAAACCGGAAUUCAUCGAAAUCAAGUAUCUUAUUUGCUUUCGACACAGCUCAUUUAUACUUUAAUUUCUUCAAUCCCCUAUUUUACUUAUACUGUUUUUAUUAUGUUGAUCUUUCAUAAAAGGCUACCACUAUAUAAACCCAUUCAUACAACUUCAAUGUCAUGUACUAUUCAGUUCCGUAAUAAACCAGCCGAAGGUAAGCCAUAAUCUGAGGGCUCUUCUGUAAAGUUAUUACCUGGUAACACAAACAAUGUGUAUACUUAUAACAUCCAUCAAGGAACUGGUAAUGAAUGUGGUACAAGCAAUUCUAUUUUUCCUUGCAUAUUGUGAGGCUGUUCAAUUCCUUCACCAGCCAAUGGACCACUCAGCAGUAGAGAGAAGACGAGCACACGUUACCUGUAUCUUCAAAGACAUCACCGAUUACAUGGAAGAAAAAUACAAUGUCAUCUGGACUAAAGAUACUUACAUCAUCAGCGAACCAAGUAAUGGAUUUGAUCUUGAUCGGUUUAGUUUCCAUGACCACUAUGUCGACAGUCGACACUUACUAAGGAUUGACCCUGUCAAGAGGGAGGAUAAGGGAGGAUACAGGUGCCAUUUGCGCUAUAAUGGUGAAGUAUUAUUAACAUCUAACAUUGGUAUGCUCACCAUUCGUGAAAUCCCAUCAGAUAAAUACCCACUCGUUAAACUUGGAAAGCCAACUUACACAAUGGGUGAGGAGGUCACGAUAACAUGUUUGUGUGAAAAGACAAAUCCAGUAGCACGCCUGAAAUGGGCAUCAGAGUACAGACAGCUGUUACGACCAACCACUAAUUCCAGAGAAAAUAAUACACAUAUUUGGAUUGAAGCAAUUGUUUCUGCAGUCCCGAAUCUCGAUGGCAUUAAAUUUGUAUGUAAAAUGAUUGUAGAAGAUGAAACUGCUCCAAGGUACUCACAAAGUGAAGAGCUCCAUAUCAUUGAUAUCUUGGAAACUACAUCUAAGGAACCAUCUCGACAGACACAUAAACAACAAUACAUGACACGUUUCCUUUUACCUAAAAAUGUGCCACAAGUUGAAAUGGAUGAAACUUUUGCUAAAGGGGGUACACGGCCAAUCGCUUAUAGUUUAGGAAUCAUUGUCACACAAAGUGUUUGUGCUUCAGUAAUACUUGUUGCUAUGGCAACCUGAACUGUCAUUUAGAUUAACACUAAAGCCCUAAACUUCUGGCCGAAUUUGGCCCACAAAAUAGAUUAAUUUGGCCUGCAAGAAAAAAAAUGUCAUAAAUGUCUUGUCAUAAAAUAUAAGCAUCACACCAACAUUAUGUGAAACCAAACUUUGUCUCUCUGUUUUACUCUGGUCACUGUGUUUUGUCAAUAGUGUUUGCACUUAAUUUUACAUGGUUAAUAAAAACUUAGUCUACCACGAACAGUGCUCAUAAAAAUACAAAGGACAAUUGCAUGUGGAAAAUUGUGUAAAUACAGGUAAAAUUAAUGUUCAUGCUCCUUGUUUUUCAAAAACCAUGUCUACACUCUCAUCCUAGGCUUUUUUUUAUUGGGUUCAAUCAUAUUGGUAAAGCGACACUUUAAAGCUCACAAAAAAACUCAAUUUAUAAGGAACCAGGGGCCUUAGGCCUACAGUAUAUGUGAUCUUGCAGUUUCAAACUGGAAUGAAUUAGAAUAAUAUUAAUAUUCA